GAGUACUACUUCAGUCCAACGGGAAUCCACUGUUAUCCGAAGAUCUACAGCCAUCCGGAGGAGGGCGUCACCAAGAUCUUCAUCGGACUCAGCGAAGCGAGUGGAGCCGAAAUGUUGGGCUACCUCAACGACCAUUUUCAGGUGGGUAGCUACGAUCUCCUUCGGAAGAACUGCAACGCCUUCACCGACUGCGCCUUGUAUUUCCUCUGUGGAAAGCGUCUGGACAUGCGAUACAAAGCUGUCGAGACGAUUGCAGCCAUGGCCAACGAAAGAACAGGCAUUCUCCAGUCCAUCACACGUGGAGAGUACUCGCCAAAUCCUGAGUCAGAGGAUUUCAACCUCCAGGCGAUCCUCCAAGAGAUAGACGUGCGGUGGGACGCUUGCGAUGGCGAGUAUGGUGAGGAGGAGGAUAUCAUUGACGCCGUCCGUUCCCAGACGCUCUCACUGAACGAGAUGCGACCUUCCGUGCGCUACAGCGAUAGGGUGCCUGAAGCAGAGCUUCCAGUACCAGGAGAAAGGUUCUCCAAGCUGGCAGAUGCAGAAGUGUCCGAGAUGGUAGAGAUCUGCGUUGACGACGACACCUUCGUCUAA